UAAGUAUAUAGUGAUCCAAGCGUACACAAUUUAAAGUCACUGUCGGUGCGUAUUAAUGCGCAUGAAUGCUCACUAAAAAGUUCCAAUUCGACACAAGUUAGCACUGGCUUCAAAAGUGAAUGUGUAAAUCGUGUGAAGCUUAAUGUGGACUUUCACUACUUGUACAGCAUACAACGCCCACUCAUUUAUAAAUGACCUAAAUGAGUUUACAUUUUCAUGUGCUAACCACCUGAUUUUCGUUUACGGACAGCCAGGAGAGUUUGCCUGCCGCGUCACGGACUUUGUCGAUGAUGACCGAGUGAGGGUUGUGAUCAACAAAAGGGACGUGGUGAUCUUUCAGCGGAAGGACAAGUAUUAUGCAAUGGACGCACAUUGUUUCCAUCAAGGGGGUGCCCUGUACGCUGGUGAUAUAGAGGACAUAGAUGGACGCCCCUGUGUUAAGUGCCCGUCCCACAGGUAUCGGAUCUGUAUUGAGAAUGGCGAAAGGUUCAUGGAACUACAUGAGACAGAGCCUCCGACGUGGCAGUCACGUGGUAUCCGACAGAGAACUCACACAGUAUUCUUAAAAGAUGAUAAACUCUUUGUGCGACUCUCAAGUUUUGACAAGCCUUUUGAUUCGGAUAAAUACAACGACGGUACCGGCACCGAAAAGUGAUGCAAACUUAUAACAGUUCAAACAAGUCUGGAAUGGAGCUGGAACAUGGGUCAUUACGUUGUUCAUCACAAAAAAAUGACACAUAAACUUCAUCACGACAAAAUCGCACGCAAUGUGUUUUUGUCCUCGAAAGCUGCUGUUGGUCAUGCGAUAAGUCGUGCUUUGCGACGGGAGUUCAGGGACCCAUUUUACGAAGAGAGUCCAGGGAACCAUUGUACGACGGGAGUUCAAGGACCCAUUUUACGAAGGGAGUCCAGGGAUCCAUUUUACGACGGGAGUUCAGGGACCCAUUUUACGAAGGGAGUUCAGGGACCCAUUUUACGACGGGAGGUCAGAGACCCAUUUUACGAAGGGAGUCCAGGGAACCAUUUUACGACGGGAGUUCAAGGACCCAUUUUACGAAGGGAGUUCAGGGACACAUUUUACGAAGGGAGCCCAGGGACCAAGCUAGAGCCAGCUUAAAAUUAAAGCCGCAGGUGAAACAGCAGGCGUUGGAUUUGAACACGCGACCUCAUUUCUCAAAAGGAAGGUAGUAGCAGCGAGCCAGCGCUUUAACAUGACCAUUAGAGCAAGCCAUCAAAGCCAACUCAAUGUUUCUCACCAUGGUUUUGACAGGUAAACCAUCUCCAGCGAACUAUUCAUCUUUACGGAUGAGGUCACCUGUAUAUUGCCACCAAGACCUAUAAGGACUGGGGGUAUUUCGAGGACUGGCUGUGUGAGACAGAGCAUGGACUAUUGUGCGUGUCUUGUACGAACAGUAUACUAGUCUCAGGGGAUUACCAUUCUUCAGCACAGCACCAACUAACACUCUGACAACACAAUUUUGUAAUUCAUCAAAAACCCAUUUGAUCAUACUGUGAAGAUAAUGACAAAACAACAAAAUACGAGAGAAAGAUAACUUACAAUUUAGAAGCAAUGACAUUUUAUUACUGACAUAGCAAAAAUCGCAAGCUGGAGUAAGCUGUGGGUUGUUGGCCAUCAUAGAACAAACUGCCUUUCAACAAUAAGGUAACUUAUGUGAACAAUGAUGAAUCUUAUGUACUCACUUAAAGUCAGUCUUUUGAAACAGGGUUCUUCUUCGACCUGUUAGUAGGUUUACUAAUAUAUUUACAUUUUGAUUUCCUGAAAUUAUCAGUGAAAGGCAAAUCGCGCCUAGCUUUAAUAAACCAUGCUAUCUCAGCAGGCACUUGACGCCAUGUUACAGUGAGGUCAUAAAAUGAAGUUACCUUUCCAUGAAUUGAAAACAAAUAUUGUGAGAUGAUUAUACCAGGUGGGGUGCUAUAGCACCAAGAUAUGGAGAGGGCUUACAUGCCUGUAACCAUUAUACAACUCAUGUUACUUAACCAUACUGCAAUCAGUAGGCCU